AUGAUUAUCAUGCCAUAUUAUAGUUCAGGUGAUUUGAUACAUUAUUUAAGUAAUAACUUUUAUAAUAUUAAUUGGCGGAUAAAACUGCGUAGAUUAUUUUAUAUAAUAUAUGGACUUCUAGAAAUGCACAGGGUAGAAAUUAUCCACAGGGAUUUACAUAGUGGAAAUAUCUUUUCUGAUGAAUUUGAGUCGUACAUAGGUGAUCUGGGAAUAAGUAGAUCUGCAAUUGAAUCAAAUAAUGAUAAUGAGAAAUAUGGUAUUAUUCCUUACAUGGCACCAGAGAUUUUUCAAGGACAAAAAUAUACUGAAGCUUCAGAUAUAUAUAGUUUUGGAAUGAUUAUGUGGGAAUUUAUGACAGGUAGAAGACCUUUCUGGGAUGAAAUUCAUGAUAUAGAACUUAUAAUCAAAAUAUGUGAUGGUUUACGACCACCAAUUGUUACAAAUGCACCCAAAGGAUAUGUUGAAUUAAUGAAAGAAUGUUGGGAUUUUAAUCCGGAUAAUAGACCAACAGCUAAUGAUAUAUUCAGUAGAAUUGAUAAAAUACAUAGGGAGGAAAGUAUCUUUAAUCCAACUAAAAUUAUAGAAUCAUCAGAUAUUGGACCUGUAAUAACUAAUCACUUAGGCGCCAUUUAUAAGAGUAGACCAUUAAGUCACUUGAUUCAAUCUGCAAUGUCUUUAAGGAGUUCAAGGAGUCAAUCUAUCGGUAAAAGAAAGUUUGAAGAUGAUUCAGUUGAAGAUAGUAAUGACAAUGAACAAAGUAUUAAAAAAAGAAAAUUUCUUGAAAAUGAAAAUAAUGAUUACUUUACAAAAGAAAUUGAAUUAGAUAUUAAUAUGCGCUCUAACCAACCUCGUGAUAAAGGUAAGCAAAUAUACAUUUAUAAAAUAUUAGUCAACAUUAUAAAAUUUUUAUCUAAUUUUUGUUUUCAAUAUACGGAUACGUCACCAAAGAAAUUG